AAAGAAUAGUCGGCUAUAAAAUUAUGAAGAAAAAAAUCUGCUUGACAAAAACACUUAUGCAUAAUUUCAUUACUUACGUUUUACGCGUACGAAUAGACAAUAAGCGACUUUCAAAUGUGUGGCUAAUGAAAGCUGCUUAUAAAUUUGAACCUACACGCAUAUCACAUUUGACCCGAAGCAAGGUUACGUUACGCUAUGUUCUGCUUGAUACAUUUUACAACAAGUAUAAAACUAGAAUUCAGCUCUAGACAAGCAUCAUUUACCUAUUAGUCGUAAAAGUAACACAAUCAAUCAUGUUCUCCAAAAUCGUAGCUUUGUGCGCCUUCGCAGCUGUAGCCCAGGCCGGUCUCCUGGUUGAGCCGCACUACUCCUCGGCCGCCGCCGUCUCCUCGCAGAGCAUCGUGCGCCACGACCAGCCCCAGGACGUAGCCCACAAGUUGGUGGGUGCCCCCGUCGCCUACCAGGCCGCUCCCACUCACGUCGAAUACCACGCCGCCCCGGCCCCGAUCGCGUACCAUGCUGCUCCAGCGGCCGUACAUUACACCGCCCCCAUCGCUAAGGUUAUCGCCCACCGCGAAGAAGAAAUCGCGUACCCAAAAUACGAGUACACUUACUCCGUGGCUGACGGACACACCGGCGAUAACAAGUCCCAGCAGGAGACCCGCGACGGAGAUGUCGUGAAGGGCUCUUACUCCUUCCAUGAGGCUGAUGGCUCCAUCCGCACCGUAGAGUACGCCGCUGAUGACCAAAACGGCUUCAACGCGGUGGUGCACAACACCGCCCCCACGCACGCGCCUGCCGUCUUCAAGGCCGCUCCCGUCGUCGUCAAGGCUGCGUCCGUCUAUACCGCUCCCGCCUACUACCACCACUAAGUUACACGUAAAAAUGUAUACCAAAGAGGAAAAUUGGCAGCAGUUAGUUGUAGAAUAUUUAUUUAUUUCAUGCAAUGUAA